GCUCUUCCCCCAGCCAGCCUGAGAGCUGCUGACAGCACAGUGCCUGCAUUUCCCACCCAGCAGUGCAGGGUUCACACCUCUCACAGGGGAGUGUGUCCCUGCCAGCAGCCUCCCAGCUUUGCUGUGCACCAGGAGUUACAAUGAAUUUUGCAGCACAGUUUAUCUACUUCAGGGUCUUAAAAAACAGAAGUCCCAGGGAGCGCUACAGGGAAGACGAAGACUACGAUCCUUUCUGGCAAAGGUUGGAGAAUGUUGCUGUCUGAUUAGAGCUAGAGUGCUCCUUUCUCCCCUCUGGGGCACCCAGGGCCAGCCCCACGGACAUGGCACCCCCUGGACCCCUCCUGCCUCCUUACGCUGCCGUAGUUGGAGUUUUGCUUCGCCUCGUUGUGUAUUUAGUCGCUGUGCUGUAUAGUUUUGCUGAGCAGCUGUUCUUGAAAAAGGAUGACAAUAGAAUAAAGAAACAAGAAAUGCCAGCAGUUUGUGAUCUCCACUGCUGCAAGGACGUGCCCGUAAGAAAUGGCCUUAUUGGGCAGAAGCCCUCUAUCAACCCCGAGAGACUGAAGGAUUUUGGUGAGGAGGAUUACCUGAACGGGGAUGUGAAGACCUGGGAAAUGAAGAUAGUGAGCCGAAAUGAGGAGCUGCUGAGGGAUGCCCUUCCCUGCACCCCUCAGCCAGGCAGCAGGACCAGCCUGGCAAGCUGCAACAAGCUGCUUCGAUUUGAAGACAUCCGUGCAGCAGCCUUCAAAAUCCAGAGUGGGAUUCAGAAAACCCCCUGUAUGUAUUCUAGGCUAUCCAAGCAGUAUGGAAUGGACAUCUACCUGAAGAAGGAGUUCCUCCAGUACACGGGGUCUGUGAAGGAACGAGGGGUACUUUACCUCCUGAUGUCAUUGCCUCAGGAGCAGCAGAGGAAAGGGGUGGUGGUGGCCGUGGACAGCACCUUCUCCCUGGCCGUGGCGCACCAGGGCUCGGCGCUGCGGGUGCCCGUGUUCGCCGUGGCGCCCGCGGGCGCGGCGGGGCGGGCGCGGCUGUGCCGCGAGUUCGGGGCCGCGCUCAUCACGCACGGAGCCUCGGCCAGGGACGCUCGGCUGCACGCCAGGAGGCUGGCGCAGGAGAACGGCUACCUCUACCUGGAAGAGGAGGACAGUGCUGUGUACCUGUCAGGCCUGGGCACCGUGGGGCUGGAGAUGUACGAGCAGGUGCCCAAGCUGGACGCCGUGGUUUUCCCUGCAGGAGGCCACUGUGGCUUGCUGGCAGGGUCAGCUGCUGCCCUCAAACACCUCAACCCACAGAUUUCUGUAAUUGGAGUUGAAUCUGAAAGUUUCCCAGUAUUGCAACAGUCCUUAAAAGCUGGCCACCCUACUGAGGACCAGGCCUGCAACAAUCAUCACUUCUAUGGAGAUGUGAGUGGAGUUUGCUUUGGCAGCAAUUCCUUGCAGCUGACUGGGAAGCUUGUGGAUAAAGUUGUUGCUGUGAGGGAGGAGGACAUCCUCAUCUCCAUGCUGAGGCUGCUGGAGUACGAGCGAGCCACGGUUGAUGCAGAAGGGGCCAUUGCCCUGGCAGCCCUGCUGGCAGGGAAGCUGCCUGAGCUCAAGGGUAAAAGAGUGGCAGUUGUUAUAUGCAGUGGAAACCUGGAAUUACAUUUGCUGCAACAGUGCAUAGCUCGUGCCCUGACCCUGGAUAACAGAGUGUGCAGAUUUUCCCUUGUGAUUUCUGACUGCCCAGGAGACAUGUCAAAGCUACUGGAGAUUUUGGCUAGGGAAGAAGCAAGAGUUUUGGAUAUCAAACAAGAACGCACAUUUGUGACGUCUGAGCUCUUCACUGUCCAGGUCAUCUGCACGGUGGAGACCAGAGACAAGAUCCACGCAGCCCAGCUGAGGAACGCGCUCUUGGAGCGCUACCCCACGACGGCGUGGACGGAGCGGUGACGGGCACGACCACCUCUGACCAGGAUGCUGCAGAGCCCAGCCCUGAGGCUUCACAACAAAUGUUAUCCUUCAAAGCUGAACACCUAGCAAAUAGUUUCAGGAUGUUUAUUUCCUGCUCAAAAUGUAGUCUUUGGGGAAAAAAAAAAAAAGUGAAACUCAAAACUUUAGUUUAGCUAAGGGAAGCUCUUAGUCUCUGCUGGUGUUGGAAUUCCUCAAUUCAUUAUCAGCUGGCUGCCUGGAUUUUAGCUAGUUUGUAGAAUCCAAACAGGGAGAAAGCAUUUCUCUUUACAUCUGAAUACAGACCUCUCAAAGGUCUUUUGAUUUUGAUGCCCCUUGUUAAAGUAAUGCAGCUCCUUCUGCUGGACUUAGCCACACUACAAGUACAGAAACUUUCUGUUUCCAAGCCAGAAGCAGUUUUCUGUUUGCUAAAUCUGCUUCAGGAGGUGCACACGUGUGUGUAGGGUUGAACACACUUCUGUUCUGAUCUUUGCUGCCACGUGAGGAAAAAUUAUGCUAAUAGACAAACACAAACAGAAAACCCUUGGAAGAUAAAAGCCAUUAUAAUAUUAAAUUUUUUUCCCAAGGGAAAAUGAUCCUAUUUGCAAAAUAAAAUAAGAUAUUUUACAGAAAUUGAAAAAAAGUGUUGAGUAUGAUUAGAGCUCAUGAACAGAACACAAAUGUAUUUCUUCCCUCUGCUUUUGGAGACUCAGCACAAAAAGUAGCAACUGGCUUGUGUUUCUAUACAAAAAGGCGUCUUGCUACCCAGGUGAAUUUUGUAAUUAGCAUUCCACUGAUUAUCUUAGUCUGUCUAAAACAGACUCUAUCCAUCUCACCUGACAGAUUAAGUACACUGUUAAUAGUGACAUAUAUUUAAAGACCACAUGUUAAUAGGUAAAGGCAGUGCUGGGAGUAGAGGAAGACUAAGUCUAAGUAAGCACAUAGCUAAUGCAAUUAACAAAGAACACAUUGACCCAAAUACCAUUUUUAUCACUACAGGCAGAGACCAACUAAUAAUAUAACAGAGUGGGAUGGCAAGAAAUGUAAGAGAAGUUCAGGCCCUCUUCUGAAUGUGCACACAACACAGUUGUGCCUUUUCAUUUGGGCAGAAUUUAAUUUAAGCUCUAAAGUACCUAAAGGGGCCUACAGGAAAGCUGCAUGGGACAAGGGGCAAUGGCUUUAAAAGUGAAAGAGGGCAGUUUUAUAUUAAGUAUUAGGGAGAAAUGCUUCACUGUGAGGGUGGUGAGGCACUGACACAGGUUGCCCAGAAAAGUUAUGGAUGCCACAUCCCUGGAAGGAUUCAAGGCCAUGUUGGUUGGGGCUUUGGGCAACCUGGUCUAGUGAACAGAACUCCACAACAGGGAGGUUGGAACUAAAUGUUCUUUGAGGUCCCUUCCAACCCAAACCAUUCUGUGGUUCCAUGAUCUAACUCUCUCUGUAGCUUAUACAGGAUGGGAAGAGAAGGGCAGCAUUGUGGCUGUCUCUGCAGUAUUAUUUUUCUGGGAAAUAAUCUGUCUGCUCCUUCUUGUUGUGGUUCACAAAGGAGCAGGAGUACGGAGUCUGACAAAUGGUGGACAAAAAAAUAGAAGUUUACAGAUUUGGUCUGUUUUUGGAAGGACCAUACUGGUUUGCACAUGGAACUAAAAAUUAUUGAUGCCCCAAUGGUUAGUUUUGUUCCCUUCUUGCCAUCCAGAAUGAUGGGUAUAGGCCAUCAGCUAUCACAGCUGUGUCCUGUCAGACAUAACUCCUUUCUCCAUUCUCAGAAAAGUUUAAUACAUCUGUAUGGAAAUAGAUGACAGAGUCCAUAUAACAUACUUGUUCCUUCCAUUGGAACAAGAAAUGCACCACACCAUCAAAGAGCAGAUCUGGGGAUGAAAACCCACUAUCAAUAAGAGUCUAAUUACCCUCCCAUGUUUUUUGGCAAAAGUCUCAGAAAAUUUUGAGGGUGUCUCAGGUACCUAUAUGAGAAAAAAAUGGAGCUUUAUAACCAAAGCUCUCAGUAGUGGCCAACAGGUUCUGCUGUCUGGAUAUUUGGUUUAAAAUUUUGCAUUAUCCUGGACUUUAUUGUUUUAGAAGAUCAGAGCAUUAACAGCUUCUUUCCAAAUCAGGGGGAACUGCAUUUAGCAAGUGUUCACAAACCUGGGGCAAGAAGAUGUAGCAGAUAGAGCAACUAAGAAUCAAUGGACUUGAAAUCACUAUAUGAUUUUGGAAAUGUGUUUGGGGAGUGGGGAAAGAAGGUGAUGUCCAGAAGGUGCUUAAAAUGUCAACAUUAUAUUUGCAGUUUGGUUUUAUUUUUAUUGUUUUAAGUAUAAACAUACUUUAAAGUGUUAAUCACUCUUCAGUAAUAAACACUUUAUAUAUGAAUAUAAUAAUACCAGAGGUGUUUUUUCAUUCUAUAUUGCCUUUAUUGAAGUCUCAUUGGCUUAAAAGAUAAAAUGAAGAUCUUCCAAGGGAAAAAACAACCUCAAAAUGAGACAUUUAAUUGACUGUGUGUUUGGAAAGAAUAAUGAAAUACCUGUGCUGCUAACCUUUUCCUUUUUGAAUUAUGAAAUAUAAUAAGAUCUAUGGCAUUUCAAACACCUAAUAAUUUGGUUUUGAAUGUUUUAUUUAAAGAAGUAUUUUUAUAUAGAGUGUUCUAAUGUACCUUGAAAAAUAACUUUAAUAAUUAUGUAAAAAUUUCACUAAAGGUUACAUCAGCAAAAUGUAAAUCUAAGCAUCAUAUUUAUUUGAAAAAUAAUUAAAAUUCUGCUAUGCCACCUCAGCAAUGAAAGAUUUGUCAUUCUCUUGAUAGCAGCCUCACUUUAAAAAUCAGAGUUAAUAUUUUUCUUUUAUCUGUCAUUGACUUUGGCUCAAAAUCUGCACCAUUCAGGCACUAAGUUGUCUCCAGAGGCACAAGAUGCCUUGACCCAGGUAGUGCCACUGGAGCUAAGCCACUCUGGGAGCUGUCCUAGGCACACACUGCUUGUCAGGGGCACAACUUCUUCCCAGCACUGAUGCAAACAAGGUGCAUCUUAAAUUGAAACAAAAUCUCUUCCCACACUGAUUCCUUAAUUUUUUCAGCCAGGUCCUGUUAGCUGGGGAUUAACAUCUAAAUCUCUGCCAGCACAUGUUUUUGCUUCAUCAGGAGCAGUUCAUCUCCCCAUGCAGGUGGCAUGUCCUCACAGGCAGCACCUUGCCUUCUGGCCUCCUGCUUUUGGGAGAUCCACAACCUCCCCAUCCCACAAAGCAGUAAGUGCAUUUGACAUGUUAUUGCUAAACUUUUGCUGGACCCAAACAUAGGCACGUGGUUUACUGAAUGGAAAUAUAAGACUCUGGAGUUGGGCUGUAAUUACUGCCAGUUAUCUGUUGCAUGGUUCUCCUGUCACUUUCUCUGUGGUUUGUUUAACUGUAAGCAGUCUACCAUGUAUAGGACAUUGAAGUUUGUAGAGUUUUUUCUUCCAUUGCAAAUCUUGUUUUCACGUUCUCCCAAACUUCUGCUACAUCUCAAAGGAGGAGGAAUCCUUCAGUAUGUUGUGCCCUCCUGAGCUGAUGAAUUUCCCCAUUGUUCAAAAGCACUUUUAAAUUUUAUGGUUUUUUUUAAAGCUGCAGCAAAAACUGGUGGUAGCAUUGGGAAAAUAUUCUAAUAGAACAUAUUCUAAUAUGUUUUGAAGUAUGUCAAUAAUAAUCAAUAUCCCAUACAGCUAAGCCCAUGCAGCCUGUCAGUCUGAAAAAACAAAGAGUCCUUAAGGACACAGCCAGAUCAGUACAUCUGAGUGCAUCCACACAAAGGAUAUGAGGGGCUUCUCCUGUGCUGUUGAUGUCUGAAAGCCCCUAAUCAGAGCAGGCACUCUGAUUUACUUCUGAUUUACUUGCCUGGUGUGAGGGGGUGCAGAGGCAGAUUGCAACUAUGAAAAUCCCUAUCUUCACUCUUUUGAAAUUUUGGAGAAGGAUGUAGUUUUCCUUUUGCUAAGAGGCCUAGAGUGUCUUUAGAAGGAUAUUUUAAAUUGUGUAAUUGCUGCAUUUAGUAAACUGGUCACCCUGUGCAUUCCCACAAGGGAAUGGAUUCCUUUGUGAAAGUGGUCUCAAAGAAUGUUGAUAAAUGAUACAAUAAUGUUCCUUACACCUCUCUUUCCUCCUCUCCCCUCCUUCCCCUCAUGCAUGUGCUGCAGGUAUGUUUGGAGUUGCAGGGGCCAUGUAAGGUCUACUACAGUACGUGGAUUGUGCCAUAUUGUUACUGCUCUUCUGACAGCAGGAGUAAAGGGAUGGAUUUUGUUCCUUUUGCUUUCAACAAGCUAUGAUAAUUUCUUGAGCUGUUCAUGUAGCUCUUGCAUACAGAGACUGUACCAGAAUGCUCACAAACAUCAGACUGUGGGACCUCAAGGGUCUUGCUUAUAGAGGUAAAAUUCACUGCAGACUCCAUGGCAGUGACCAUUCCCUCAGCUUCACCAGGGUUCUAUUGUUCUGCAGGGGACCAGCUGCCCAGCCCCAGUGCAAAUUAAAUAUCCUUAAUUAACCAGAACUUGGGUAUUUCCAAAGUCUGGCUCAGUGGAUUCCUGUUGUGUUUAGAAAAAUCUAGGUCAGCACGAAAAAGAGGCAAAGCAAGACAACAUACUGAGAUUCUGAGAAAAGUUUUUCAUCACUCCCUCACAAAAAUGUGCUACAGCCCUGAAGGCUUUAGAACCAGUUCUUGAAAAUGGGUGGGAGACCUCUCACUGCUUUAGUUCAGGCUCAGCAGUGUCUCUGAGCUGAUGCUGCACGUCCUGAUCUACACAUCCAGUUCUCCCCAACAGAGCUUGAUUUGAGCAGUGAUUUGCCAAGCAUGCCGAUUUGGAUAACUUGCCUUUAAGGAGCAAAUUACACUCAUUUCCAUAUAUUAUGAUUUAAGGGUGAAAAUGGAUCUGGUGGUUUCUUUGUUUCCUUCCACAACAAAGCUACCAAGCAAUCACAGCAUAAAAGCACUGUUUCAAGUGACAUGAUUGUGACUUGUAUGAAAUAAUUUCUUUUGAUCACCGAUGCAAGUCAAAUAAAUAAUGAAUGGGGGUGGCUUUCUUAUAUGUCUAGAAAAAAAACAGGCAUAGUUGCUUUAAAUUUUCUUGGCAUCUUUGUUAAUAUGAUGCAUACCCAGUCUUGCACUUAGCUUUCAAAGCAAGGGUUGGAUUUUUUUUUCUUUCCAAUUUGAAAUGGAUGUCUAAACAGCAUUUAUUUUUCAGUGCUGUCACCAGCCUAGUUGGCAGAAAUAUCCAUCCUGAAAAACCUUUAUUAAAGUCAUCUUAGCUUUCUUGGUGAAUCAUCUUCUUAUUUAGUGGUAAGUAAAAAAAGUAAAAGCUUUUCUGUAUGUUUCAUUGGGGUUUCCUUUCAAUGGGAAGUGACAUUUUGAAAUCUUUUGUUGCAGCGAAUUACUUAACUUCCAAGCAUUUUCCUUUGGCAAGCAGGGCGGGCUGGGUGUUGAUGGGGAUGCUUUGACACCCAGCCCAGCCUUUGGGAACACAGGGUGCCCUU